AUGGGGCCCCCGGGCAAUAGGGGAUCAUGGGGCCCCUGUGUCCUUGCCAAAGCUCAAAAAAGCCUAUGAAAAAGAAAGGCAACAGUAACUCAAAUAAUCACUCAUUACAACCAAGGUAUGCAGAAUACAUGUCAGAAUGCACAACAUGUAGAACCUUAAGAAAGAUGGGCUACAGCCAGGGGUGGACUGACAACUCAUGGGGCCCCCGGGCAAUAGGAGAUCAUGGGGCACCGGUGUCUUUGCCCAAACUCAAAAAAGCCUAUGAAAAAGGUACCAGGGGCAUCUCAUGGGGCCUCCUACUGACCCUGGGCCCUCGGGCAGUGCCCGAGUUUCUAAAUGGUCAGUCCACUCCUGGC